UCAUUAAUGAAAGAGAAAGCUUUCAGAAAUAAUUCAUGGGUCGAUGCUCAUAGUGGAAAAACAUUUGAUGUCCUAAAUCCGUCUACUGGAAAAGUAAUAGCAAGAGUGCCAGAUCAAAAUACAGACGACCUUCUUGACUACAUAAAGGACGCCGACUGGGCAUUUAAUAAGUGGAGGAGUCUGACUGCAGAGAACAGAAGUAAUUUCUUGAAGAAAUGGUUUAGACUCAUAGAGGAAAAUAAAGAAGAUCUGGCAAAAUUAAUCACCAUCGAAAAUGGUAAGCCACUAGCUGACGCCAGAGCUGAAGUCAGUUACUCCGCUGGUUAUGUUGAAUGGUUUGCAGAGGAAGGUAGAAGGGUUUAUGGCGACAUCAUUCCAUCUGGUUCUACCUCCAAACGUUAUCUGGUUCUUAAGCAGCCUGUAGGUGUCACUGGAAUGAUUACUCCGUGGAACUUUCCAAGUGCCAUGAUCACCAGGAAGGUGGCAGCAGCUCUGGCAGUCGGGUGCACCACGAUCAUCAAACCUUCCGAAGAGACUCCUCUUUCUGCCCUUGCCCUCUGCCAGUUAGCGCAGCAAGCUGGUUUCCCAGAUGGGGUCAUAAACGUGUUGACCUGCUCGAAGGGGAACGCCCCGGCGGUGGGAGGAGCCAUGUGCAACAGUCCAAUCAUAUCCAAAAUAUCAUUCACAGGAUCAACCUAUGUCGGAAAGAUCCUGAUCAAAAACUCGGCAGAAACGGUGAAAAAACUUUCGCUGGAGCUCGGCGGCAAUGCACCGUUCAUAGUUUUCAACGGGGCUGACCUCGAUUUGGCCGUCAAGGGGGUCAUUGCUGGAAAGUUUAGGUGCAGUGGACAGACGUGCAUAAGUCCGAAUCGACUGUUGGUGCAGUGUGAGAUUCACGAUGAAUUUGUCGAGAAGUUGAAGGGGGCUGUCUCCAAACUGAAGCUAGGGGAUGGUAUGGAUUCCGCCUGCACACAGGGCCCUCUUAUUAACAGGGCCUCCGUUGAUAAGGUUCUCGAACAUAUAAAAGAUGCAGUGUCUAAAGGCGCCAAAAUCGUUUUGGGAGGUAAAUCGCCAGGUCAGAAAUCAAAUUUUAUGGAGCCGACCAUCUUAACUAACGUUAACGUCAACUGUUUAUGCUGCCAGGAUGAAACAUUUGGUCCGCUGGUUCCUAUUGUCAGAUUUAUAGAGGAAGAUGACGCCAUAUUAAUUGCCAAUCAAUGUACAUCUGGUCUUGCCAGUUACAUCUUCUCAUCUGACAUCUCCCAAAUUUGGAGGGUAUCCGAAAAACUGCAAACGGGGAUGGUCGGGAUCAAUGAUGCUGCCAUUUCCGCUGUCCAGGUGCCGUUCGGGGGAGUCAAGGAAUCCGGAUACGGAAGGGAGGGAUCCAAAUAUGGCGUCGAUGAUUAUCUUAACAUUAAGUAUCUUUGUAUGGGAGAAUUAAACAUUUAGUUUUAUUUUUUAGUUUUUUUUUCUAGUUUGAUCAACUGAUCGUUGUUGUUUAAUUAAUAAUUUAAAUUGAAUUUAUAAUUGUAUAUAAAUCGUUAUUAAGGACAACUAUUUUAAUUGUUUUGUUACAGCCGGUUCAGUUAUAGCAGUUAACACAAACGUUUAUAUUAAUACUUCUUUUGUUACUAUUCCAGAAGCUCGCUUUAUACGUAAUCGUUCUAUUCUAUACAUACAAUUGUAUUAGUUGAUAUGUAUUUGAAUUUUUUUUUUAAUUUUCAAAUCAUUUAUUUAUUACAGAGCUGCUAUAUUUUUUUUAAUCUUCAUUUCUUAUCAGAAAGAACACCUUGAUAUACUUGAGCGCAAAUAAGAACAUUAUUAAUUAAUCAGUUAAUUAAUUAAUUGAUUAGUUAAUUAGUUAAUUGAUUGGUUAGUUAAUUACAAUCUAUAAACGUAUUUAUGAUGCAAUUAUCUUAGCAAUACUAUGAGCAGAUUUUAUGUACUAACGUAACGAAAAAUAGUAAAAAUAUGAUUAAAAUAUACAUUGUUAUUUCAAGUGCACAAUGACAAAACGAUCAACAAUAAACAUUUUUUGCUUAUGAA